CGUUAGAUGAUGCUCGUUUUCUAGUUUCCACAACACAAAAUAAUUUAAAAAUAAAUGUAUUUACUUAACAUAAAUAUGCAGCCCGUGUAUACAAAUUGAAUUAUGAAUGUUUUAUAAAAAUGGACGUACCGCAGGCACCACAAGAUACGGAACUUCGGAAUAUCAUAGAUAAAUUAGCCCAAUUUGUUGCUCGAAAUGGCCUCGAGUUUGAGUUAAUGACCAAAAAUAAACAGAAAGGAAAUCCCAAGUUCCAGUUUUUAUACGGUGGUGAAUAUUUCAACUACUAUCAGUAUAAGGUUUCAGCCGAACAAGAAUUAUUUAAACAGCAGCAACAACAGGGAACUGUUUUGCCUGAUCAGGAAAACAGUUGGAACCCCCCUAACCAAAUGCAGCACUCUGCCGAAAUUGAACAGAUUAAUAAACAACAAGACACUUUACGGGAACAAAUCAAACAAAGUGAACAUAAUUUGACGGCCCAACAUACAGUGUUGCUUCAGCAACAACAAACACAGAUAGAACAAACAGUUAAAAGAUGUGAAAUUGCUGAUUUACAAAGGGAGGCCACUAAAUGUGAAGUGGUUUUGAAUGACAUUUAUGGCAUUCUGCAACCUAUAAUAGAUAGUUGUACAAAAGAUAGUAUCAGUAAUGGGAAAUCUUGGUUUUUGCAACAUGCCACUACCAAGGAAAAGGCAGACUGUAUUGUGGAGUGUUUGUUAUAUAAGGUUUUACGAACGACAGUCUUCACUCAAAAAUUACAUGUGAUAUAUUUAGUAAACGAUUUACUUCAUCAUAGUGCAAGAAAAAAUGCCAGUGAUCUUAAAGAAGCCUUAGAAAGAGUAGUCGUUCCUAUGUUUUGCAAUGCCAGCAUAACAGCUACGGCAGAACAAAAACAAAAACUAGAUAAACUGUUAAAAUUGUGGGAAUCGAAGACGAACUACUUGAAAGUUGAUACAUUAGAAAGAAUGAGAAAUCCUGUACAGAGCUAUACUCAGUAUCAAGCUGAUCAAGUAGCCAAAUAUCAGUCGGAAGUUUCUAGUUUGUCACAACAGACGAAAGUCACAUAUGAUGGGUACCAGGCCCAGCACCAGGCUUUUGUCUGCCAUGCCAUGCAGCAGAUUAUGGAUCUGCAACAGCAGAAGCAAACAUUAGAGCAACAAGCUAUAACUCAACCUACACCACCACAAGCUCCUUCUAGCACGCUUCCUUUGGAAACAAUCCAGCAGAGCCUUCAGCAAACUAUACAGAGCCUAAGUCACAGUACGCCGCAGCAAGCAUUCCCCAUUCCGACGAUAAAUUCCCACCAGAACGACAACUACAUAGACAUGAACAUUUCUAUCCCACCUCCUUCCCAGAUGAACCAACAUGGAAUGAAUCAAAGCUACUCUUCCAAUAACACUUCCAUGCCCGUCUUCCCUGCCACGCCGGACUUGAACCAAAACGGCGUCGACAGUAUGUCGUUUUCGCAACCGCCUCCAGGAUAUUUUCCGACGCCGGGGAUAUUUCCGGAUUUUUCGAAGCCCCCUCCAGGGUUUGUGUCGCCUCCAGAACCGUACGUGGAUGACCUAAUGCCGUCAGCGCCCUACUACGAGUUACCGGUUGGACUUACGGUUCCUCUCGUCAAGUUGGAAGAAACGACAUAUAAACCGUUAGAUCCUAAAGAUAUUAGGUUGCCACCUCCAGCGCCACCUAGCGAACGACUUCUAGCUGCAGUCGAAGCAUUCUUCUCAUUACCAAACCAUGAUAGGCCUAGAGACAGUAACCUUAAUUUAAUGCAUAACCCUGUACAAGAACUGGACCCGUCCAACAAGGGCCACCAGAUGCUGAAGAAGAUGGGGUGGGGCGGUAGUGGUUUAGGUGCUAACGAACAAGGUAUUGACACUCCGAUUUCGGGCGGUGACGUUCGCGAUAGACAAGAUCAGUUUAAGGGGGUGGGGUGUAACUUGAACGAUCCCUACGAGAACUUUAGGAAGAACAAGGGGGCCGCCUUCAUCACGAGGAUGAAAGCCAGGGCAGAGGAGAGAGCUGCAGAAAGAAAAGAUAUUGAUUUACCUGGCUUCUUUUUAUUCGAUUAAGUGUGAAAGUGUUUAAAACACUUUUGUCUCACUUAAAAAUCCCAUGUUUUCAUUACUGUUUUAUUAUUUUUUGUAUCAUGUGUAAUUCCGUUAAUUGAUUUGUAAAUACUGACUGUAAAAAGUUCGAUAAAAUAAAUAUUGUAGAAAAGUUA